AAAAUUUUCCCUUUCUAUCAAUUUACCAACAUUCCAGGCCAACCAAACAGGCUACCCGUAUACCUACUCGAAAGGCAGCUAGCUUCUCACGUCUUUCUGCGCUGCAUAUCCAUGCAGGUGAGCAAGAGCACUUGUGAAGUUGUGCGGAGUCCUGUUGAGCGUCCAAGAUACCAGCUACAUAGAAGAGGAGGGUGGUACUCCCAAUCUAGCAGAGCGAAUUCUCUGCAAAGACAAUCACACGGGACUCGCAAUGAUUCAGACGAGCACAACUUGAGGUCCUUCGCGCAAGCUUUGCAUUGAUAGGCAGCUCUGAUCAUCUUCCCAACCUGCCCUGUUCAAAGAUAUUGAUCUACACUUGACUAUGAGAGCGCUUGGUCAUGGCUGGACUCCUUCGAACGAGAUCCACUCGAAGUUUUCAGGAUUUGUCGACGGCGUCAGGCAGCAGGGUGUCGGGCCAACUUUCCAAGCUUCAGCAGUCAACAGGAAGGAGAAAGCGCAUGUCUGGAGCUGUUGUGUUGCUUCUCUUGGCUGCUGCUAUGCUGUUCAUCUUGACGCUGGGGCCCGGUCUCCCGACACUUGAGUGGCCGUCUGAUCAGCAGACGACGCCACACAACAGGGAGCCGCUGCAUCGCAAACUGGCACGAGUGGCCCUAGCUAGUCAAAAGGAGGAAAGUGGGAGCGGUGGUGGCAGUGUUGUGAAGGAACCAGGCGGAGUGCUCCCACCACACGAGGCCGCAGGACAACAUGGGACAAAUCCUGGGGUGAAUUUGGAUUUCAGUUUUGAACCAGAAGAUGAUGCUCAAAAUGGUGAUUCAGAGGAGGAGCACCAAGAGUUCUUCCAAGGAGAGGAUGGAGAGAACGACUUGGAGGUACUGAAAAACGGGGUACCUGCUGUGGACGCGACAGGCCCCCCUGGAGAGCCAAUCAUCAUGUAUCCGAACUUGAUCACAGUAAGGGAGGAGUACAUCACUGCGAAGCAGGAGGAUCCGCUUCUUACAGUCAGCGCAAAGGCCUUGUGGGAAGAUCCACUUCAAAUGGUGGGGGAAAUGAGUUCGUGCAAAGAAGCGGACAAAGCUGUGUCAGGGCCCGUUGACUUCAGCAGUGGCUUUCUGCUGGUCGAUGCUAACGGUGGCCUCAACCAGCAACGCAUCUCGGUAUGCAACGCCGUGGCGGUGGCACGUCUGCUGAACGCAACUCUAGUUGUUCCCCGCUUCCUCUUCGACUCUGUCUGGCUGGACGGAAGCCAGUUUCAAAACAUCUUCGACCUCGACCACUUUGCGCGGACGCUCGCCCCAGACGUCCGCGUCGUUUUGGCGGCCCCUGUCGGCGCCUGGUCUCCCGAUCAGGAGAAAGAGCACAGCCUCGUCGUGCCCAAGUACUCCCCCCCCGAGUUCUACUUGGAGCACGGGGCGCCCUUGCUCAAGCAGCACGGGGUUCUGAAGCUGGCAGGCUAUAUGCACGGCCUCGGCUUUCAAGGGGUGCCCCAGGAGCUGCAGAGGCUGCGCUGCCGCGCCAACUACGAGGCGCUCCGGCUGGCCCCAGGCCUGCAGGCUUUUGCCGACUUGCUGGUGGAGCGCAUGCGCGCGCAGUCUGGCGGCCGCUUCCUGGCGCUCCACCUCCGCUUCGAGAAGGACAUGGUCGCCGACACGUGCUGCGACUACGGCGGCGGCGAGGAGGAGCGGGCGGACCUCGCGGCGUACCGAGCGGAGCAUUUCCCGGGAAUGGCGGUCAAGUACGGCGAGAUGACGGAUGCUGACGUGUUACGGAAGAAGGGACACUGUCCGCUUACCCCGGAGGAGCUAGGGCUUCUGCUCGCCGGCAUGGGGUAUGACAACGAAACGGUUGUGUACAUAGCGGCCGGGGAGGUGUAUGGAGGGGCGCGGCGGAUGGCGGUGUUCGAGAAGCUGUUUCCUCGCUCGUUCACGAAGAGAAGCCUGGCGAGCGCAGAGGAGCUGGCCCCCUUUGCGGCGCACACGUCGCAGCUGGCAGCGCUCGACACGUAUGUGGCGGUGCAGAGUGACGUGUUUGCGUAUGGGCACACGGGCAGCAAUUUCCCAAAGAUAGUAAGUGGUCUCCGGUUGUACAGCGGUCAGCGGAGAACCAUAGCGCCGUACAAGAAGAAGCUGGCCGUUCUCUUCGAAAGGGCGAGGACGGAGCAGGUUAGCUGGAGUGAGUUUAGUCAGCAGGUACGUAAAAUGCACCCCGCCAGGAAGGUGUCCAAAGAGUUCGGGAAGAACCUGUACAGAGAGCCGAUCCCUGACUGCACGUGCCAACUUGGUACUGAUGUCGUUUAGCCUGAACAUGUGUCUGUUUGCAGCUUGCAUUGUCAGAAAGCACCAACUUACGGUAGUUGCGUAGGCGCGUAGGUAGAGUUUACGAUCCCGGCUGAGUAAGCUAUCAUGAUCGCAGUUUUUGCUGACUAAUAGAGGGUCCUAGUGCAAGUGUUUGGCACAAGGGUUCCUAGCAUGAUAGCCCACUAGGUCAACUUUUUGGCGAGUCACAAGCUUAGAUAGCUGCGUUAAGCCGAGAAGCAAGCUAGGACUGCUUGCGAUCUGAUUGUCUUGCACGCUGAGCCAAAGAACGUUCGAGUGAGUCGUCCGUUUGAUCAGUCUUAGAUCGAGACUUCAUGCCCGGCCGUCAGCUAGAGCUUAGCCUGGCCGCCCCAGCUAGGAAAAUGAUCUGCACAUGCAUGCCCCCCCGAACAUCCAUGUAUAACAAAGCAG